AAACUCAAUCUAAAAAUCUUGCUAGAGAUUUCUUCCAUCACUAAGCCACACCACACCACAAUUAGCAAGUAUCAAUUGGGUUAUUUUUGGUCAUCUAAUAAAAAGCAAAGUUUAGCAAGAGUUACUUUGAAGAAGACUUGUACAAAGAUGAGUUCAGCAAGCAGAACUUGGGCUGUGGCAGCAAGUGUUGGAGUUGUGGAGGCCUUGAAGGACCAGGGCCUGUGUAGGUGGAACAAUGCUUUAAGAUCAGCACAACAUCAAGUGAAAAACCAUGUGAGAUCCUUGUCUCAGGAAAAGAAGGUUUCUUCUUCAUCAUCUUCUGCUGUGGUUUCUAGUAGAUUAAAGGAAGAGGGUGCAAAACAGUCAGAGGAAUCAUUGAGGACAGUGAUGUACUUAAGUUGUUGGGGUCCCAACUAGAGUCAUAUGGCAAUUACUAAAUGUUUGAUAGAACAUUUGCCCCUAGGGAAAAUGGGGACAGAUUUGUGAACCAGUAAUGGGGCUUGUUAGCAUUCAAAAUUAUUGCUACUAUUUGCGGCAAAUAGAUGUAAAUUAUGAUAAAUGGAAUAUAGAAGUGUGAAGCAAUUCCAAA